AUGGCUUCCCCGCCUUGUCCUGUGGUCACCCAGCCCUCAGCCAUCGGCCGGUGCUGCCCGUCACCGUACAGAGCCUGGAAAACGGAUCUGUUGGACUGCUGUGCUGACAAACGCAUCUGUAUCUGCGGGAUCCUCCUCCCUUGCCUCCUUGCUUGCAAGGUGGGUGUGGAAUACGGCGAGUGCUGCUGCGUCCCCUUCCUCCCGGGGGCCCUGGUGGCCAUGCGGACGGGCCUGCGUGAACAGCUGCGCAUCAAGGGCUGUGUCUGCUGCGACUGGGUCGCAUUCUGCUGCUGCUGCCCCUGCGCCCUUUGCCAGAUGGCCCGAGAACUGAAGAGCCCCUGCUAGCCUCAGUUC